AGCCUUUGUUGGCUUAAAUCCCUUCCUUCCCCCGUAUACCCGAGUGGGUCCUUAACAAGUCCCUUCCUCCCUUCCCGCGCGAUACCUCCUUCCCCACUUGUAGGCGAUCAAGCUACUAUAGGCUUCAAUCGCCCCCUUUCCCCCGGAUCCUCCAGGACGUCGUUCACCGGUCUCUCUAUCGUCUUCCAACUAUGUUGGUACUCAACAAAUCAUCCACUUGUGAUGUCUGUAUGGAAGGCUAUACAGCUGGCGGGAACUCGCCACACUCGAUCUCUUGUGGGCACGUAUUCUGCCAAAAGUGUCUUGAUCAUCUUUUGCGCCACAUAUGCCCCCUUUGUCGGACUCGAUUUUCCCCUCAGGAUGUUCGCAGGCUUCACAUCGACAUGCAGUCGCCUACGAUUACGACUGCUUCCAUCGAGGAAGUCCCUGAAAACCCUGAACCUUCUUCUUCGCCACCUCCUGAUGACGAAGCACGUACCCUCCAGAACGAUAUCGCGCGUGUCGUUAAAGAAGGUGCUAAGCUUCCGGAGCUCCGCCGAGUAAUCGAAAAAUGUCGGACGUACUAUAAGUCACAGUCUGCUGACCAGCAGAACCCUGUGAAAGUAAGCGCGUUGCUUCUCUGGAACCUCGCCGAGUCUCAACGUCAUCUCGCUGAAAUGAGAAAGGACAAAGCAGCCGAGGUUGAGAAGACCCGCGUGGUGGAAAUUGCUCUGGAGGAAAUGAGAAGGGAGAAGGUGGCUGAGGUUGAAAGGACCUGCGAGGUGAAAAUUGCUCUUGAGGAAGUGCGGUCGCGUCUUACGGCGGAGCUCGUGGAUGGGAAAGUGAAGUAUGAGGAGCUGCAACGUAUUCGUCAGGAUGAGAAAGAUACUGCUCUUGCUGUAGAAAAAAGUUUGAGGGAACACUAUGAUGAAUUGAACGCACAUUGGAGGAGCAAAGUCAGUAUUUCGUGGUUUCUUUUCGAAACAACAAUGCGUGAGAACAAGGUUCUCCGGGAGGAGCUCAUACGCGCUAGAAUUGCGUUUAACCCGUUGCCCGACUUCCAGCGGCCAGUCGAGGUCCGAUAUCUCCAUGCAACGGAGCCAAAGCAUCCCGAGAAGCUCAUCGAGGACGAUUCUCUAAGCAUGAAAGCACGAGCGAAGGCCAAAGCUAAAGCGAAAGCCAUCGAGGAAGAGGAGUUCCACUUGUCUCCUCUCGCCCAGGUAAUCGGAAAUUGGCCUUCCGCAAUCCAGUCGUUCCGCGCUCUGGUGGAUGAAGAUGAGAUUGAUGACUUAAAGAAGACAUGUAACAAGAGGGAACCAGAACCGAUACCCGAAGCAGACGAGGACCAACCGAUGGGUGAUGCUACAUCUCAAGUUAUCCCCAUUCCUCGGUCCUCGUUAUCUCGUCAGUUGACCGACUCCUCCGUCUCUUCAUCUGUCUCUACUGUCAAUCCGGACAACUGGUCUGGAUUGUCGACAUCUCGUCCUCGCGACGACAUUGUGAUGUCGAGUCGUGAUGAGUCUCCUUCACGCCAUCCCUCGGCUGAGCGCGCCAUCACUUUGGCACACAGUGGUACUCAUUCACCAUCUCGCAGACUCUCACGGGAACAGUCCAUGUCGUACCAAUCCAGCCGCACAUCUUCCCCCUCACGCCGCUACUCCUCGGAUCGCCUACAUGGUCAUCGGAUGAAGGACACUAAUUCACGAGAUUCAUUUGAUGUAGGUAACAGGGAUCACGAGUUGCGCGCAGGAGAUACGUACGAACCCAAAUUGAAAGAUCAGGUCGUGCCGCGCCAGAUUAUGUCGACCGACGACUUUCGGGACAAGGACCGCGAACGCCUGCGUGCCCAGCUCUAUGAUAUCCUUGACAGCCCUAUGGCAUCAUCUUCCCUCCACAUCCCGAUGUCGCAUGAUGAACCACCGAUGCCCCCACCAUUUCCACCACCACCGUCAUCGUCCAAUACGAUCCCUAAGCCGACGACUUCCGGUUCGCGUGUGCAUACGCCGUUGCGGACGAGAUCCUCGAGUCAAUCUGCGACUCCUGGUCCUGAGGAGGGGUACCCAGCUCCAGCCGUGCCGAAAACGCUGGUCCAUGCUAGCAGUGUUGCGAUGCAGCAGGAGAGGGAGAGGCGAGAGAGGGAAAGACAACGAGAACUGGAACGUGAACGUAUGGAGCGUGAACGUGACAGGGAUCGUGACCGCGAUCGCGAGCGGGAAUCAGAGUGGCAGCACCUCAAGGACGCUACCAAUAUAACACCCGAUACUUACCCCUACCAUCGCGAACGACGUAUUGGCAGGACCAAGUUGUCCAAUCCGGUCACCGCCGGAGCAGCCUGA